UGCACCUUCCGCGAAGUUAUAUCUUCCCCUUUACCCCUUCAUUGGAUAUCCUCUUGGUACAUCCGCACACUGAUUCGAGGAGAGGCAGCCGCAAGCUUGGGCACUGCGCAUGCGAAUCCCCGCCAAGAGGUGUGGGGAGGGGGGUCGGAAUCACAGACUCCGCCCCUUCGCGGCUCCACGCGUGACGUUGCGGGGGCCCGGCUUCGACUGGCUCCGAGUGGUGAGAGUGAGCGGCUGGCGCACUCCAAGCAGAUAGACUGGGAAGGGAUGCAUGUUCCUUUGCAUCGCUCCUGGGAAAGAGCACUUCACUUGGAAGCAGGAGACAUCUUGGCCUCACCGUUCCUGUGUUAAUGUCCACGAGCCUCGGUUUUACCCACAGUAUUUUUUGCCUUGCCUCACCUGGUUUUGAAGAUAAAUAUGACACUGAAAAAUAGAAAAGAAAUGGUCACUUGUUGAGUUCCUGCAUGGCCAAGUAUUAUACAAACUGUUUUAUCUGCCGCAUUCAGUCCUCAUUACCUGGUUUAGAGCUCCCAUUUCACAGCAGGCUUUCCGUGGAGGCCCAGACCCCUCUACUCCCCAUGGGCAGCUGCCAGGCAGGGCACAACCUGCAUCUCUGUCUGGCCCACCACCCACCUCUGGCCUGUGCCACUUUGAUGGUUCUGCUUCUUGGCCUUUCUGGCCUGGGCCUUGGUGGCUUCCUCGUCACGCACAAGACUGGCCUGCGCAGCCCCGACAUCCCUCAGGACUGGGUCUCCUUUUUGAGAUCUUUUGGCCAGCUGACCCUCUGCCCUGUGACUAGGAAAGUCACAGGGGAGUGGCAUGCAUCCCACAUUGUGGGCUUGCUGACCACCUUGAACUUCGGAGAUGGUCCAGACAGGAACAACACCCAGAUAUUCCAAGCCAAGGUUCUGGGUAGUCAGAUGGGAUGGAAAGGACCUUCUGCAGGAGAAUGGGUCCUUGUUACAGCCAGGGUCACCACGGAAAAGACCCCAGGAAUCUGCCUGUAUUUUAGUGCUGCUCCAGGACUUCUGCCCUCCAGCCAGCCACCCAUAUCCUGCUCAGAGGAGGGAGUAGGAAAUGCCACCCUGAGCCCUAGGAUGGGUGAGGAUUGUAUCAGGGUAUGGAGCCAGGAAGGCAUUGUGCUCACCAAGCUGCUCACGGCGGAAGAGCUGGCUCUGUGUGGCUCCAGGCUGCUGGUUUUGGGCUUCUUCCUGCUUCUCCUUGGUGGCCUUCUCUGCUUUUUAACUGCUGUGUGCUUUCAUCCACGCCGGGAGUUGUCCUGGUCUAGAACUCGGCUCUGAGGGCACUGGCCUAGUUCCUGUCUUGUUCUCAGGUGUGAAUCAACUUCUCUGGCCUUGGUUCUGAGUUGGAAGAGAUGUAACAGAAAGUGGAGAGCUAGAAUGCCGGGGGGGGGAAAUUAAAAGAUUUUUUGCCCAUUGC